AAAAAAAUAUGACAAUAAAACAUUGUUCGCCUAUUUACUUAUUCAAUAAAAAAAGCUUCUCAUGUCAUAUUUUGGUUUUGACGUUGUCAGUUCUAGGAGAAGGUACUUUUAUUUACUUUUUCGUUUAAUUGUUGUGUGAAUUUAAUUAGUGGAGUAUUUGGAAUAUAAAUUAAAAUGGACCUGACAGAACUUUGUAUAAAUAAAGACCACUGCAACAGGUUUUGUACAUCCAGCAAACCAAGAAUCAAUCCCCUUAUAUCGGCGGACAUGUGUAUUCCGGAAGUUUUAGAUGGAACAUAUGACUAUGAUCUAGCGGUAAUCGGUGGUGGUUCAGGGGGUCUUGCUUGUGCAAAGGAAGCUGUGAACCUGGGUGCCAAAGUGGCAGUAUUAGAUUAUGUGACCCCAUCACCUCAAGGAACAAAGUGGGGCCUCGGUGGGACAUGUGUCAAUGUUGGUUGCAUACCAAAGAAGUUGAUGCACCAGGCUGCGAUACUCGGUGAAAGCAUACAUGAAGCCGUCGCCUACGGGUGGGAAGUGCCUUCUAUAAACCAGGUCAAAAUAAACUGGUCGGCGUUGACCGAAGCCGUUCAGAAUCAUAUCAAAUCGGUCAAUUGGGUCACCAGAGUAGACUUAAGGGAGAAGAAAAUCGAAUAUAUCAAUGGUUUGGGAGAGUUCAAGGAUCCGCACACGCUGGUCGCCACGCUGAAGAACGGGAACAAGAAGGAACUGACGGCUAAGAACAUUCUGAUAGCCGUGGGCGGACGACCACACUACCCUGAUAUCCCUGGAGCCAAGGAGUACUGCAUCACCAGCGAUGACAUCUUCAGCUUGAGCCAUCCCCCCGGCAAGACGCUAGUCGUGGGCGCUGGGUAUAUCGGUCUAGAAUGCGCGGGUUUCCUCAACUCGCUGGGCUUCCCGGCGACGGUGCUGGUGAGGUCGGUGCCGCUGCGAGGCUUCGACCAGCAGAUGGCGGGUCUGGUCACCAGCGAGAUGCAGGAGAAGGGCGUGGUGUUCCAGCACAAGUGCGUGCCGCUCUCCGUGGAGCGGCUGGAGUCCGGCCAGCUCAAGGCUCGCUGGAUGAACACGGACACGCAGCAACAGAGCGAAGACGUGUUCGACACAGUGUUACUGGCCACAGGAAGAUACGCGCUCACCGAACAGCUCAACCUGAAGGCCGCCGGGGUCACGACGUUGGACGAUCACGGCAAGGUGGUCUCCAGCGACGAGUCCACCAACGUCCCUCACAUCUUCGCGGUCGGCGACGUGCUGUCGUCGCGGCCGGAGCUGACCCCGGUGGCGAUCCACGCGGGCCGGCUCCUCGCGCGCCGCAUGCUCGGCGGCGGGAAGCAACACAUGGACUACGACAACGUCGCCACCACCGUCUUCACUCCGCUGGAGUACGGCUGCGUGGGCCUCAGCGAGGAGACGGCGCUCGAGAGAUACGGCGCUGACAACCUGGAGGUGUACCACGCCUACUACAAGCCGACCGAGUUCUUCAUACCUCAGAAGAACAUUCGGAACUGUUACUUGAAGGCGGUGGUCCGGCGCGAGGCUCCCUACCAGGUGCUGGGGCUUCACUUCGUGGGCCCCGCGGCCGGGGAGGUCAUCCAAGGCUUCGCCGCCGCUAUCAAGUGCGGUUUGACCAUGGAACAGCUGAUGAACACGGUGGGCAUCCACCCCACGGUGGCCGAGGAGUUCACGAGACUGAACAUCACCAAGAGGUCCGGCAAGGAUCCCAACCCCGCCUCCUGCUGCAGCUAGACUAUACAGAUGUAGAUAAAUAAUAUAACCCACUGUCGUGCUUAGAACGAACAAGGAAUUAUUGUGAUCAGUACACGUAACGAGUUAAUUUAAAUCAUCAUUUUCCAACGACGGCGCGUCCCGACUCCCGCUCAGCUCUGUACACUCGGUGUGCGGCGAAUCGCAGCACUGUUCAGGCCGUCGCUCGCCUCAUAGUUUGUAACAAACUAUGAGGCGAGCGACGGUAUAAUCGAGCAUGUUUUGUGCAUACAUUCACAUUUUAACGGUAUUUCUCUGGUGUCGUCUGUGUCCCGCACGCGUCACGUGUGGAGGUGUUCCGUCACCCGCUUCUGUCGCGUAGUAUAAGACGUGUAAUGCAGCGUUGUUACUGUCAUGGUGUGGGUGUUCUCGACCCGUCCAGAGUGUUACACGUGUUGAGUCCGUCGCCGUUCACAUUCCGGUGCGCGUGCGCAUCGCUUUCUAUAAAUUGCCUUCUCACGUUUUCGACUCAAUAAAGUGAUAUAUUUUUUGAAA